GUCGUUCGUCGAAGUGUCGAGUUUCACGCCUGUUGCGCGCUUUCACGGCGCUUUCGUUUUUUCCGCGGGUCGCCAGACGAUGAGCCCGUCGUCCGCGUGGACUUGACAGUCUCGAGACGCGUGAUUGUUGGACGGGAGAGAGAGAGGGAGAGAAAAAAAGAAGUGACGCUGCAACAGGCUGUGUAUAUAUAUAUAUAUUUAAAAAAAAAAGGAUAACCUUCCGUGACGAGGUUAAAGUCCACCAGUCCAGUCGAAGUGCGACUCGCGACCCUCGCGACAUGCGAUCAUGUCUUAUGUAAUGAGUCACAUGUUUACAUAGUCCGGACGUCGUUGCGCGAUUUUAAAAUUCUCCGUGAAAGUCGACGAAAAUAUACUUGCGCAAACGACCUGCCGUCAAUCGUAUUUAUUCUGAGACACCAUGUCGCAAUACGAGGACAUUAUUAUGGAGGCCAAAGAGAAGGAGGAAAAUUUGCCGACGGACUUGAGUGGGAUGCGACGCCGUAUCCCAUGGAGCGAUCGUGUGUUGCUGAACAGCGAAAUUCCGGGUUUACACGAGGUGAAAGAGUUAUUGGAGGAUGACGAUGCGAGUUGCCUGGCGGAAGAGGAGGACGGGGUCGGGUGUCCGUUGCCCUCGACGCCGGAAGAUGAUCAUCUCCUGGACUGUGAGAUGACAGAGGUAUUAAAGGCAGGAGUAUUGAGCGACGAAAUCGAUCUAGGCGCGCUAGCACAUAAUGCAGCGGAGCAGGCUGAGGAAUUUGUUAGAAAGGUAUGGGAAGCGGGGUGGAAUCAGUGUCACUUUAGAAAUCUACCGAGAUGGUUGCAAGAUAACGAUUUCUUGCACGCUGGUCAUAGGCCGCCGUUACCCUCGUUUUAUGCAUGUUUUAAAAGCAUUUUUCGAAUUCACACAGAAACUGGCAAUAUCUGGACACAUUUAUUAGGCUGCGUUGCCUUUAUUGGUAUAGCUAUAUUUUUCCUAACACAGCCUCCUAUAGAAAUUCAAUUGGAGGAAAAAUUGGUAUUUGGUAUCUUCUUUGCCGGUGCUAUAAUUUGCCUAGGAAUGUCAUUUGCCUUUCACACAGUUCAUUGCCACAGCGAAUGUGUGGGAAAGCUGUUUUCGAAGCUAGAUUAUUGUGGCAUAGCUAUGCUUAUUAUGGGUAGUUUUGUACCAUGGCUUUAUUACGGAUUUUAUUGCGACUACCAACCUAAGCUAAUUUAUCUGUCUGUCGUGGUUGUCCUUGGAAUAACCAGUAUCGUAGUGUCAUUGUGGGAGCGUUUCGGCGAACCAAAUUAUCGUCCACUCAGAGCUGGAGUUUUUAUGGGUUUUGGACUUAGCGGGGUAAUACCAGCUGUACAUUAUGCCGUCGCCGAAGGUUGGUUCAAGGCGAUUAGCCAAGCAUCCCUCGGAUGGUUAAUACUAAUGGGAUGUUUGUACAUAUUAGGCGCGUUAUUUUAUGCUUUAAGAGUACCUGAACGUUUUUUCCCAGGAAAAUUCGACAUUUGGUUUCAGAGUCAUCAAAUCUUCCAUGUAUUAGUAAUCGCGGCUGCUUUCGUUCAUUAUCAUGGCAUUACGGAAAUGGCAAUGCAUCGAAUGACAAUAGGCGACUGCACAAAUCCGUCGCAGGUGUUGGCUUUUUAAAUCUGCGGGCACAUACCUUCAUCUUGUUGAUAACUUUCAUAUGUCAUUAAUAAUCUAAUAAAAAAAGAAAGACUACAAAGAUUCCUAAAUCUUACGCCAGCAUAUUUGUGCUGCUGGAAGAUACGGUAAACAUGUCAAAUAGGAUGGAUAUAUUUAAUUUCACUCAAAUUUAUGUUAGAAUAUAUUUUAGAAUGCGUUGCUUAUUUAAUUGAAUUUAUUUUAUUAACUUUGAAGCUAGUGAUUACUUUUUGAAGAUGUCUAUCUAAUUGUAAGCUGUUUGAGAGAUAUUGUUGAGAUUAUAUUUAAACUUCCUUUCGAUCAAUGCAGUUUGGAUAUACGUAUAUAUUGAUGAUAUGUGAUUGUGAUAUACUUCUUUACAUGGACGUAUCCAAGGGAGGGGGUUAAGAGAGUUCGAACUUCUCGAGAUUUUUAUUUAUUUUUUUAUCUUUAAUUAUAAAAUAUAACUACUUUUGACUAUGAGUAAAUUUUUUGUUCUCACAUAAAAUAUUAUUGUCUCUUCGUUACGAUUAUCCAAUUCAUUAAUGCAAAAAAUUCCUAUUUAUGCUACUGUUAUUAAUAAACUCUUCUUCCCCCCCCUCCCCGAAAAAAAAUUCUGGAUACGCUUUCAUGCUUCUUUACAAUUGAGCGAAUUAAACAUUAGUUAAAAAUCUUUUAUAUACAGAAAAUUUCAGUGCACGCUUAAUGAUGAAAUGAUGAAGUCAGUAUUCAAGCUGGAGUUCUCUGAAUUUCUCUGAAUGCGCGAGGUGUGAAAGUCUACAUAUCAUAUUGAAAGAUACACUCUAUCGAAUUCGGAUAUACUGUAAACGAAAACUGGAAUUCCGACAGAAGUAUACACAAUGUAAGCUUAAAUGGCCAUGUAAUACUUAUAUUCCGACAUUUUGGAAAUUGUCUUUGAAAAUUAUAUGAAUAUUUAUAUAUCUCUUUUUCCUUAUAA